UUGAAAACAUGAUUUUCAUUUUUCCUAUGUCAAGUAAGAAACGCCGAGAUACGGCUAAGAAAUUACAAAAGUUUGAAAAAAUGGCAUUGUACAAGAGCAAAAGCUGGAGUGUUAAUGAUGAUGUGAAAAGUAAGAAGAAGAAUAACAACAUCAAUAUUAAUAGGAUCUUGAUAUCGAUUAAUAUUGUCGGUAGUUCAGGGCCAUUGACAUUUGUGGUUAAUGAGGAUGAUAUUGUUUGUGAUGUUAUUGGCAAAACUCUCAAAUUUUAUGCACGUCAAGAAAGAUUACCAGCUUUGAAAUCUGAUGUAUCUGAUUAUGUUUUACAUUGCUCAAAUGAUGUUUCUGAUGCUCUAGGUCCAUCUGAACCCAUAGGAAGUUUUAGGACAAGAAAGUUUGUGUUAUCCGAGAAUCAAGCAUCAUCUACAAAGACAGAAGAAGCAGGGUCAAAGGGAAGAAACAGUAGAUGGAAAUCAUUUAGUUUCAAAAAAUUCUGUUUCGCACUGCAUUGUGCAGCUAUUGGUCGUGGUGGUGGCAGAGAUUAAUUUUCUUCUGAUAUGCAUUUUAUAAAUGUUAUGAGUUAUUAUAGAGAUGGUUGGAAUAAUGCAAAACAUGAAU